AUGGGGCCGCUGCGGGAGAUCCCGAUGGGGGCGCUCGGCGCCGUCGCCUCGCGGGAUCUCCGCCCGGUCGACGCGCGCGACCUCGCGCAGGCGCUUCGUCGGAUCAAACCAAGCGUCGGCCCCGAGGAGGUCCGGCGGUAUGCGGAGUGGAAUCGGCAAUACGGCUCGUUCAUGAUGGAGGACGGGGGGGAGGAGGCGCCUCCAGCCAGCGAUACCCUCCGGCCCUAA